ACUUUAAGUAUGACAGUCUCUCCGCUCCCUAACCCUGCCCUCAACCUAAUCGGCUUCUCUAUGAUCGUCAAAGCAAGCUACGGCGGCGGCGCCAUCAACACUUUGGGAGAUCGUCGUGUGCAAGUGCCGUUCGAUCCAAGCCAUAUGUCUUCCGAAGAAAACGCGUCUCGUUUGAUCAGAUUCCUAUUGGCCACACACUUAGGUCUUGAUUCUGCGCUGUGCAGCCAAUUGGCCAUGUCUAUGGUCCCCUUUGCUUUGUCCAGCACCCGAAGCCGGCCUUACGGCUUGCUCCUCGCCAACGAGAUUGAGACGACUUACACAUUCUUAUCACAACUUCCGCCGCCACCGCAGGCUCUUUUUCCUGACGACAGUCUGCUUUUAAACGCCGCCAAUGUUUCCGACUUUCCGGCUGACGAUCCUGUCCCAUCUUCUCCGGUCAGAGGGAGGUCGGAGGUUGCGACGAUGCCUCCUGCCCCGCGGGGCAGGAGGUCACCACUGCAGCCCCCGACUAGGAGGGCACCACCGCAGCCCCUGGUUAGGAGGGCAUUGUUUUUUUAUGACGCCCCUGCUCCAUGUGAAGGAAUGUCUCAGAGCGAAAUAUCAAGACUUAAGAAAGAGUGGUUUUCUGGCGAAAAAGGCGAGGCUUGUAGCAUCUGCUUACACGAGUUUAUCUCAGGGGCGAUGAUGACAUUAUUGUCACCCUGCUCCCACAAAUUCCACGGUGACUGCAUAGCCAAAUGGGUGAGGCAAAAGAGGACAUGCCCUAUCUGCAGAACAACGGCGUUAAUUACUUGAUUUUUAAAAACAAAUUAGUUCAACAGAAUUUUUUCCUUUGAUUUUGUGAAUUCUGUCUCUUAUCUCGGCUGCUAGAUAGAGCUUUGAAGUUUUGAUGAGAUUGCUAACUAUUGAGAUCCUCAACGCAUACGUACUUUUUUAUAUGACUGAUUUCCAUAUUGUUUUCGAG